AUUAAUUUAUUUAUUCUUCUUACAUAGUUAAUAAUCGAAGUCUUAUAUGAUAUGAGUAUAACCUGAUCACUGAUACCCAGUAUCAUCGUUUUGUUUUGUUUUCUUUUUUUUUUCCAUCGUUUGUAACGCUUUAUUGAGUAAACAGUGAAAUAUUUUGUCCGUGUUGCACGAAUUUGAUACGUGUACUUCCUGUUCCGGCUCCUUCCGCUGGUGAUGGAGUCAAUGAGGUCAUCGAAGUAUAGAAUUUGACAUCACCAUCAACAUUUUAUAAAUCAAAGUGAGGCCUCAAAUUGUGACUGUCAUCUCAUGAAAUAGUCUUUUGACACGUUUAUCUUUUACCAAACACCUUCACAUCAAAGAAGAAAAAAAAUUACAAAGUCAGCAAUGAUGAGAAGUAAUCUACCAAAACUGACGUUUCUCUGGGAAACUAUGAUGCAUCUUGUAUAAUAAUACUAUAAUGCAGCCUAGCAGACUUUCAACUUUCGUGCCAGAACUGCAACUUAACUGUGGAACAUAUACUGAUAUCUCCAUUUGAGAAAGAGGGAAUUUGUAUUACCAGCACUUUAACUUCGAGCCAUUUCAUUUUGUCUCUUUUCACCAUGGAGGACACGACCAAUACCCCAAUCACUCUAAUUGUAAAAGCUCCCAACCAGCGAAUCGCGGAUGUUACAGUUGAUUGUAUGCUUGAAUGGACUGUUAGAAAACUUAAAAGCCAUCUUUCUGAUGUUUACCCAAAUCAACCCAGUGAACAGCAGCAAAGAUUGAUAUAUUCUGGAAAGCUUCUUCUGGAUCACCUCAAAUUGAAAGACAUAUUUCAUCAGUUUGAUCAAGGCAGUCAGCACACAAUUCACUUAGUUUGUACCCAAGUGAUUGAUAAUUCAAACAAAACUAUCACCCAGUCCACUGAGGUAAAAGAGACAGUUCCUGAAGCAUCUGGUCCAGAACCUGUAUCUUUCACAGCUCCAGAGACUGAAUUGAGACAUCGAAGUCAUAAUGCAGAAGGCUUUUAUAAUCCUAGCAUGGCCAAUUCACCAUUUCCACAGCAAGUUCCUUACAUAAUGUCACCGAUGGGACCUUUAUCUCAACCUGGUUUUCUCUAUAGUCCUGAGCAAUAUGCAUGGAUGCAACAAAUGUACUCCCAGUACAUGGCCCAGUAUAUGCAAUACUACCAAUCUGGUACUAUUCCAGCUCCUGUUCCUACAAACAUGCCUCCUAACAAUGGUAUAAAUAACCAGCCUGAGGUAAAUAAUCCAGAGGUGCGACAGCGUAACCCCAACUUGCGUAUGAAUGCACAAGGUGUACUGGAUGAUGAAGAUGAAUUUGAACAAAGAGACUGGUUGGAUUGGAUGUAUGCAGCAUGUCGGUUUGCCAUAUUGAUGGGCAUUGUCUACUUUUAUUCUACUCUAAGCCGCUUUGUGAUUGUUUUCUUAACGUGUUUCAUGCUUUACAUUCAUCAAGCUGGCUGGUUCCAGGUUCAAAGACAGCCUGUAGCUAUGGGUGCACCUCCUGGGGAUCAGAAUGGACCAGCAGCUCAACCUGCUCCAGCUGUUAAUGAACAUCAAAAUGAAAAUCCCGAUGCACAAAACGAAGGCACUUCUGAUGAAAGUGGUUCAGAUGAAUCUCAGUCAGAACUACCUCGGGAACCAGCUCUUCCUCGUGGCCUCUCUCUUGUCUGGCUUCUUGUGCGAACAUUUUUCACUUCUUUAUUUCCACAGCAGCCUCCUGCUGUGAAUGCUAACUAAGUGUCUCAAAAAAGGAAAAAAAGUGAAUGGUAAUCAACUGAUGAAAACAUUUCAAAUAAUGAAUUGAUUAUACAGAAAAAAAACAUUCUUAAUGGACUCAGCACUUUGAUGGCUAGCCUGACAUAUCUUUUGGUAUUCUGGGGACGAUGACCAGGCGUCUUAAUGAUUAUGGUUAAAAUGAUAACUAAAUAACUGAAAAAUCUUUAUGAAAUUGAAUAUUUACCAAGCAAAUUAAGCAGUAGCAAAAAGCUAGGGUUAAGUUCCUUUGGUUUUUGCUCUGUUAUGUUUGGUAAAGCCUCACUUCGUAUUGAAUUAUAUUCUCUCCAGUAUUUCACAUUUUAGAUCUGAAAUACAUUUUAUUUUAUAUCUUGGUAUAAAAACUGAAAACAAACCAAAUAAAAUGAAUAAACAGAAAUUUUUGCAACCCACUUUAGUUUGUAAAACAUGAUCUUUUCUCCAAGUAUUCAAGUCUUUCUUAUGCUUACUGGUUACAUACUCCUGAGUCAUUAUCACACUUUAAAGAAGAAAUUACAAAUUGUAGUUUCUAAAUCAAUUUGUUAAUUUUGAAGGAAUAAUUAGGUAAAUUUCCCCCGUUUUUGUUUUUUGCCUUUACUUUAGAACAUAGGGCUGUUUUGAAAUUUAGAAUGUUUAAUAAUUGCCAUUUAUCAUUUUUUUAUUUGUAUAUGUUUUCUUCUGUUAGGUCUUAAGGAUUCUGAUAUCUAAAAUAAAUUGCGAUUUUGUCGCAUUUCAUUUUAGUUUUCCUGCCUGUGAGGUACUUUCUUUUUACUUCCCUUGUUUAGAAUAUCUUUCGUAAAUCCCUUAUUUAAAUCUCCAGGUUGAUGUUUUAAUUGAUAUAUUGUAGUUAAUUUUUGAUUUUUUUUUUUUUGUUUAUCACAAAUUUUUAUUUCACAUGGCAGAAAAACAUCUCCCUUUCAUACACAUAAUUAUGUUUUCUUGUCAAUACGAAAAUUGAAAUAACUAAAACUUAACGUUUUUUUUUUUAAAUCUCUAUCUAGAAAAUUUACUUAUUAAGGGAGAUAACUUUUGUUACUGAUGUCCAACAACAUAAAUCAUGUGUGCUACUUAAAAAUGUUUUCCGAUUUUUCAUUAAAAAACAUACAUUUAAUGAAAAAUGAACUAAAAGCAAAAUCGUGCUGAUUUAGCUUUUUUUUCAAUAAGUAAUUUACGAUUGAAUAUAAGCAUCAGCCCCCCCCCCAUAAACAAUUCAACUAAAUGUUAAAAAAAAAAAUCUUGUAAAUAUAUCUUUCUAUACUGUUCAGUUUACUAAGUAUAUCACCCUUAUGUUAAGAGGAGAAUGAUGAGAUGGACAACAUUUGAUGUAUAAAAAAUAUAUAUAUACAGAAGCACUUAUAUAUUAACACAUUGUGCUAUUAUAAAUAUUUAUCUUUCAUAUACGAGUACUUUAAAUGGAGUUGUGCUCUUUGGAAGUGAAGCUUUUCUGUCCUUUAUUGGAAGGAUGCUACAGUGAACUACAUUGUCAAUUGUAACAUUGCUUAAUAUAAUUUAACUUUGUAUCUGUUUCAUUCAGGUUUAUUUGUAUAAUAAUUUCAGUGGUUGAUUUUCGUUCUUAGCUUACCAUUAACUAAGCCAAAUUAAGAACUAGAAUCACCCUUCAACUAUCUGGUAGCUGGUUUCUUUUUGAUUUCUUCUGUUUUGGGGUAGUUUUGGUUUAAAAUUUAUUAGGUUGAAUUUUAAACACUGUAAUUACCUUUCUUUUUCUUUUUUACAUUUUUCAUUAUUUUAUGUAUAACAAAACAAAGUUAUUUACAAAUGAUUUAAUUAUGUCCAAAUGUUAGUUUUUUUUUCAUAUAUUUGAAAUUCUGUUAAUUUUAACUUUUUGUAGUGUCAAGAUGGCUUCUUACACUACUACCCCUCCCCCUUACUCAUUAUUAUUAUUUUUUUUUCUUUUCUUUUCUUUUUUUUUUUAUAAUUUCUUUUACUUAAAUACAAAUGCAGAAUUCUGACUGUGAUAUCAUUAUGGAGGAGUAAUUCAAUUUUGGUUUGACUUAAAGUGAAAAAAAAAGAAGAAAUGAUUUCUCGGCGUGGUUCAGUGAAUAUUAUAUGUUCAAUUAUAUGUAAAUUGUAUAGAUUAAAAAUGUUAAUUAAAAAGUGGAUUCAAA